AUGGUGCGCCACGGCGGCGCCAUCUUCGGGGCCGAGACCGGCGCCGUGGGCGCGGCCAAGGUGCUGCAUGCCCCGCUGGGGCUCGAGAAGCUUAAGACGGCCGGCGAGUCCUCCGUCAAGGGCGCGCGCCAGGCCGUCCGCAGCGAGAUCUACAAGCAGGAGCUCGUCGACCGUGGCUACCCCGCGGCUCUGGGACUGCCCGCCCCGCCGAGCGACGUCGAGCAGCUCAAGCGCGUCCUCAAGUCGUAUGGUGGCUCGGGCGCCCGCGGGCUCGGCAAAGGGCUCUUUGAUCGGGUCUCGGAAGAGGUUCGAGACCCGGGCGUGCCGCGGGACCCCGUCUGGGUAACCGCGGGCAGCGUGAACCUCGCGCCCCUUCUUGCUGUGAGGAUCACCCAGGGCGGCUUGAACUGCGCGCCCCUUCUUGAGGUUUGGGUAUCCCGCGGCAGCUUGGGCCGCUUGAUAUGGGACGCAUUCUGGAUGUCGAGGCCCGAGAGGGUGCAAACGCUGUUCCACACCACAUCUGCAGCGAUGGAAGAGGAUAUAGAUGAGCUGCUGAAAAGGGCGUGA